ACAAGUCGUUUUAAAUUGCGGUUCCAAUUGAAUUUUUCUCAGGAAACAAACACAACCUUUUCUUCCGCCAUCACAACCGGUUUCCUGCUUUCCUCACCCCUCUCUCUCGGUAACUAGUGUGAAACAAAACUAGAUGAACCCACCAAAUCAAACUCCUGAUCAAUUCUCCCAAUUCCCUCUUCCCCAUUUCACUCUUAUUCCACCUUUACCAAACCCUACCCCUAACCCUAAUUUCCGUCCAAUCCCAACUCCAACUCCAACUCCAACUCCAACACCAAUCCCAAUCCAUAACCCUAUCCCGAAUGCCGUUCCUCCUCUCAUUGAUCACCUCCUUUCCUUCCCAGUCCCCAAAAAACGACGACGUGGCAGGCCUCAACGCAGUGCCUCAAAGUCGUCGUUUCAAUUCCUUGCCUUCCCCAAUGGCUCCUUCAAUCCCAACCUCCCAAACUCUAACCCUAACCAUAAUUCGAUUUCCUCAUCGUCAACGGCGACGACAACUGCACAAACCAAAAUUGCCGACGAGAUCAUCGUGAUCAAUAAAGAAUCAACGACAGAGGCUCUCACCGCUCUUUCUGCUGGAUUCCCUGCUGAUUCUCUCACCGAGGAAGAAAUUGACUUCGGUGUCGUUUCCUCCGUUGGUGGCAUCGAGCAGGUAAACUAUAUUCUCAUUCGAAAUCACAUUAUUGCGAAAUGGCGCGAAAAUAUAUCCAAUUGGGUGACUAAAGACAUGUUUGUUGAUUCUAUACCAAAACAUUGUAGUACGCUUUUAGAUUCUGCUUAUAAUUAUUUAGUUACACAUGGAUAUAUAAAUUUUGGGGUUGCCCCAGCAAUUAAGGAGAAAAUCCCAGUGGAACCAACUAAAAAUAAUGUGGUUAUAAUUGGUGCCGGGUUGGCGGGGCUGGCUGCAGCUAGACAGUUAAUGAGGUUUGGAUUUAAGGUGACUGUUUUAGAAGGAAGGAAGAGAGCAGGUGGGAGGGUUUAUACGAAGAAGAUGGAAGGAGGAAGUAGGGUGAGUGCAGCUGCGGAUUUAGGUGGGAGUGUGUUAACAGGCACGUUGGGGAAUCCGUUAGGGAUUGUGGCGAAACAAUUGGGUGCUUCCCUUUUUAAGGUGAGGGAUAAGUGUCCACUUUAUCGGAUGGAUGGGAGUCUGGUGGAUCCAGAUACGGAUAUGAAGGUGGAGACAGCUUUUAAUCGGCUUUUGGAUAAGGCUAGUAAGCUUAGGCAGUUAAUGGGGGAGGUUUCAAUGGAUGUUUCACUUGGGGCUGCAUUAGAGACCUUUAGACAGGUUUAUAGGGAUGCAGUGACCGAAGAGGAGAUUAAUUUGUUCAAUUGGCAUCUUGCAAAUCUAGAAUAUGCAAAUGCCGGAUUGGUUUCAAAGCUUUCACUUGCAUUUUGGGACCAAGAUGAUCCAUAUGACAUGGGAGGGGAUCAUUGUUUCUUGCCUGGAGGGAAUGGGAGGUUGGUUCAGGCUCUGGCAGAAAAUGUGCCUAUUUUGUAUGAGAAAACUGUGCACACUAUUAGGUAUGGCAGUGACGGGGUGCAGGUUAUGGCAGGAAGUCACGUGUAUGAAGGUGAUAUGGCAUUAUGUACGGUGCCUCUUGGAGUUUUAAAGAGUGGGUCAAUCAAGUUUGUUCCGGAGUUGCCUCAGAGGAAGCUUGAUGGGAUAAAGCGGUUGGGAUUUGGGUUGUUGAAUAAGGUUGCAAUGCUUUUUCCUUAUGUUUUUUGGGGUACAGAACUUGAUACCUUUGGGCAUCUUACUAAAGAUCCAAGCCAUCGAGGGGAGUUUUUUCUGUUUUAUAGCUAUGCAACAGUUGCUGGUGGUCCUCUCUUACUCGCUUUAGUAGCAGGAGAAGCUGCACAUAGGUUUGAGACUCUGCCUCCUACAGAUGCAGUGACCCAGGUUCUCCAAAUUCUCAAGGGUAUAUAUGAACCACAAGGAAUCACUGUCCCUGAGCCCCUCCAAACUGUCUGUACCAGAUGGGGUGGUGAUCCCUUCAGCCUAGGUUCAUACUCUAAUGUUGCAGUGGGAGCAUCUGGAGAUGACUAUGAUAUAUUAGCAGAAAGUGUGGGGGAUGGAAGACUUUUCUUUGCAGGGGAGGCCACUACAAGGCGAUACCCUGCUACCAUGCAUGGAGCUUUUCUUACAGGGCUCAGGGAAGCUGCAAAUAUGGCUCAAUUUGCUAAGGCUCGGACUGCAAAGAAAAAGAUUGACAGGAGUCCAUCGAAUAAUGCUCAUUCUUGUGCUUCCCUCCUUAUGGAUUUGUUCAGAGAACCUGAUUUGGAAUUCGGGAGUUUUUCUGUUAUUUUUGGUCGAAAGAAUGCUGAUCCAAAGUCACCAGCAAUUUUGAGGGUGACAUUUAGUGAGCCCCGAAAGAAGAAUCAGGAAGGUUCAAAGACAGAUCAGCAACAUUCUAAUAAGGUGCUUUUUCAGCAGCUCCAGUCACAUUUUAAUCAGCAACAACAGUUGCAUGUUUACACUUUGUUAUCAAAGCAACAGGCACUUGAGCUGAGAGAAGUAAGAGGUGGGGAUGAGAUGAGGUUGAACUACCUGUGUGAAAGGCUGGGAAUUAAGCUUCUGGGGCGGAAGGGUUUGGGACCUACUGCUGAUUCUAUCAUUGCUUCUAUAAAAGCACAGAGGGGUGUUCGAAAACCCUCUUCGACUUCUUUGGCUCUAAAAUCAGGGACAUCGAAGCUGAAAACAGGCACUUUAAAGCAAAAAUUCAUCAGAAGGGCUAAAAUUGUGCGCAACACUAAAGGGUUGAUUCCUCCUCCUAUUGUGAAUGAAGUAAAUGGCAGCACGUCGGAGGAAAUAAAAGCGAUAAAGCAGGCUCCUCCUGAGCCCUCUAGUUCAGGGCAAAAUCAAGGUGAGAUAUUGAAGGAAUGAGCUGGGAAUGUGAGGGUGUAUUCUUUAUGGAUCCUGAAAAUCUUGAGAGUUCACAGUAGCAGAGACAUAGCCUAAGCCUCAGAAUAUUCUGCAGAUCCCCUUCUUAAAUGCUUGGAGCUUGUGUCUGAUUUCUUCAGAAUGUUGCUAUACAAGCUGCAACCAAAUUUUCUAUUCCCAACCUAUAUACUGAAAGUUAAAAAUACAUUGAGCUAAGACCAGAUGUUGGCAAUGGUCUUAGGAUGCAUUUAUUGAUAUUUCCCUGUAGUAGACGUCCCUGCAACUUGCUGCAGCAUCGAGUUGACCUUCAGAAUCACUUCUCUGUAUCAUCAGCAAUUCUGACUCUUGUGAUUAAAGUUUGGCUAUGACAAACUGUUUAACAGUCAUGAAGCCAGUUGUGACUAGAUGUGAUGGUGAAAAUUGUUCUCUCAUGACCGAGGCUUUCCCGUGAGACCCCAGUGUGAGAAGCAGAACAUGCAUCUAUUCUUUUGCAGGGUUUGUGGUCAUCCUUACCUCGUCAGACAAAGUGAUCUGCAACGAAUGCCACUGAGAAGAUGAACCUGCUGUUGAUGCCGACAGUGACAUUAAACCAUUUGCAAAGAUGCUGCUUUCUAUUCCCUUAAGAUUGUGGCACGAUCAAAAUCUCUGGUCAAAGACGACUUAUAAGAAUUAACUGAUAUCUACCUCAACAUGUGUGCCAACUAUUUACCCUACCUGAUGGGGUAAUAAUAUUGUUUAAGCUCACAUCCUGACCAUGAAGACCAUAAAUUUUUUCAAUAGCUAUUUGCACACCCGGCAGUAUAGGAAGUUGAGGCAAAUAGCAUGUCCAUGGGAUUUGCAAAAAUAUUUUGAAAAGCUCCUAUUUUGAGUAGGAAUUGAUGUCCAUGAAUGUUGAUGACUUCUGGAGAUUUAUUCAUUUCCAACUCGGCUAUCUUGUUUUUGCUUUUCUUUUUAGCAGAUUUGUAUUUUGUAUCAUUCUAUUUUCUUUAUUAUUUCAUUGCAUUUUCUCCUUAAGAUGAAGAUAC